AUGGCAAGUCGUGACUUCUACUGGCCCCGCCAGUAUGAGUUUGUGCGCAAAUACAUUCGCUCUUGCAAAGUUUGCCAACGGGUGAAGCCUGGUCCCUCAUUCCGUGCCCCCUUUCAGCCUCUACCGAUUCCGGCAGAGUGUUGGCAGUCCGUAUCGAUGGACUUCGUCUUUGGGAAACUCAAAGACGCUUACAAGAAUACUGCCAUUACUGUGUUCGUUAAUCGGUUCAGCAAGAUGGUACAUCUUGUUGCUGUACCAGAGUCAAUCAAAGCCCAGGGCUGUGCUCGUGUCUUCAACGAUACUAUCUUCCGACUUCACGGGUACCCUGUGAACUCGUGUCUGAUAGGGACUUUCUCGCUUCACAGCGGAGUUCUGGCAGUCCGUGUUCCGUUCACUUGGAACACGUUUGACGAUGUCGACUUCUGA